AAAAAAAAAAAAGAUGACAUGUUUAGCCCUGGAAUUGUGACUGAAGCAUAACCCUAAAGAAACAUUUGUUUCUGAUUUUGGGCCAGGCACUGAGGAUUUUUGUAUGCUGUGUCACCAGAGCAGCUAAAAUGAAUCAUUUCUUGUAACUGUGUCCAUGUUGUGCCUGGUGGAGCACUGGCCUUUGGUGUAUCUGUGGUCUGAACCCCAAAGACUUUUAGAAAGCAACAGGAAGGGAUCCUGCAAAGAGAGGAUGGGAGGAGAAAGAAUAAGAAACUAGGACUCUGCAAUCUUGGUAUUUGAACUCUUGACUCUCCCUUUGCCACUCCAGGACUGAGAAGUAGGAAAAGCAAGUUUAUGGGCUUGUGACAAACCACUUCCCACUGACUACGGGAAACUGGCCAGCCCAGCUGUAAUAUGCCUCCCUCUCCCCGUGCUAUUAGAGCAGGGUCUCCUUUCCUCUGAAGUCUUUUCUAGAGUACCUAGAAGGGAUGUGCCCCUCCUGCUCAGAUUUCUUGCAAGAAAGGCCAGUUGGCGUCAUUCUGGCCUAUGCAAAUGUCCUGCCUUUUCUCCUGUGCAAUAGAAAAAUGGAGAGACCUCUUGCUUGCGCUGGGAUUCCUAAAACUCAUUAAUUCCCAGAAGAACUUCUCCUUUGCUUACGCUGCCUGCUGCCGGUCCAGUCUUCCCCUUUGCCACCAGUGACGGUGGCCUUAUCGCCUGCCUUCUCCUCCCUGAAUGGCUGCUUGUGUAAUUCCUGCAGACUCUCACACACCCUUUGUGUCAUCUUCUGCCGGGUGGGGCAGCUCAUCCACCACAACAAGCUGCUGCUUGUAUGGCCGGGGAUGGGCUCGGAACGUGCAGAUGCUGCUGAAAAGCUCUGCCUCAGGGCUGGGGACCUGCCAAGACGAGACGGGGCAAGGGCUUGCGCGUGCGGCUCCGGCUCCCAACUCCACCCCUAAGCUAAGGCAGAUUGGUGCCCCUCACCUAACAAGGUGUCUCGGCUCUAGAGCUGGAGGGAGAUUCUUGGCAUGUAGUUGGUCUUGGAAAUCCUUGAUGUGUGGGACUCCUUAGGCACUUGAAUAUCUGGAGCAGCUGUGCAUGAAGGAGUCAAGUGAGGUGCUGCGCGGCCAGAUGCAGUGCAUGAUGCGGACGCUCCACGAUCUGAAGAGGGCCCAUGACCGAGAGCUGCGACUGGAUCCCCAGGAGAUGAGACUACCCUCUGCUCUGCCUUCCUCAAAGUCCUGUAUCAGCCCGCGAAUAUCGGCUAUUUCAGAAGCAGAUUCGGCCUGUUGCUUGGAGGGGGCCGUGGAAGAAGAGGUUGCUUUCUCCCCACCCAGCAGUGAACGAAGCCUGGAGUUUGAUUCAGGCUACUCAGAGGUAUCUGGGAGCAGCUGGCGGGACGAGGAAGGCCCCCCUCCCCUGCGAGCCAGUAAGCUCUCUUCAGGGGGCUUCCUGCGUCGUCGGGUGCCUUCCAGGAGGCCCCGGCCAAAAUCAGCUUCGGAUGCCUGCCUAGAGCGGUGGCGGGAUGGUGAGCCCACAGAUGCAGGUGACUGGACAGUGUCCCUCUUGUCCCAGAGUCGUAACCGGCAACCCCUUGUGCUGGGGGACAACUGCUUUGCUGACUUAGUGGAGAACUGGAUGGACUUGCCCGAAGAGAGCGGAGAACGGGGCUGGCUGCAGCGUUGGCUGGCAAAGCCCCAUGGCUUCUUGCUUAACCUCUCGGGCAACGUUCGCCGCAGGCUGGCUGGCAUCUCCCGCACAGAGCGCACCAAGCAGGACCGGGACAGCACCAAGCGCUUCUCUUGCCCUGCUGGUCUGGAUGGGCGCCCUUCGUUACCCUACUUUCACCAGUCCCACGCCAACAUCAGUGAGCUUUCUACAGACUGUAGCAGCUUUGCUGCCCUCAUGAACUGCCGAAGUCGCCAGCCCAUCAUUUGCAACGAUGUGAUUGGCUACAUCUAGCUUGCCUUUUUUUAUGCUUGUCUAUAAAUAAAUUCCU